ACGUUGUCACUACAAGCUAAAGCAAUCACAGGUUUAGUCCUCAGCCUGCAUCCUUCAUGUCAUCCGUCCUCUCUCCUCCAUGUGAUUAUUGACAAACCAAUAGCUGUGUGUGUGUGUGUGUCAUCAUGUAGCAGCCUGUAGGCCCUGUCUCCACGCAUUAACACUAAACACUCACACACACCGAGAUAUGAUUAUUUCCCACUGACAAAACGCAAUUUCCUCAUCAUCCUGAGUCUCUGCGCGCUCUCUCUGAGCUCUGAAUCACAUGCGCAGUCCUGCCGUGAAUCACACAUCACCACGGCAACCAGCGUUCACAUCGAGGCUCCGUCAGCGUCAGUGAGGUCCUGCACCGAGCACAGAGGACGAGCAGAGCAUCAGAACCACUAUCUGUUCAGGCGUUUUCAGGCAACAGAGCAGCCAUGGUGAAGCUGGGCAGUAAUCUGUCUGAUAAGCCGGAGAAGCAGCCGUCUGCUGACGACGGCUUCGAUAACAUCCCUCUCAUUACACCCCUGGAGGUCAACCAGCUCCAACAGUCAUAUGCAGACAAGGUUAUCGUGAAGACUUCAGCACAGUAUCAGCUGCAGCAGAAGAAGAAGAACAAGCUGUAUGUGCCCAGCAUCAAGAAGCUGAAUAUCAACUUCUACAGUGACGUCUCAGAUAAAGCAAAGAUCACAGGUCUGAUCCUCAUCACUUUGGCCUUCCUGACCAGCCUGCUCCUCCUCCUCAUGUACAAAGCCAUGUGGUACGACCAGCUGACCUGUCCAGAGGGUUUCAUCCUGAAGCAGAAGCACUGCACUCCGGCCGCUCUGGAGAUGUACUACACCGAGCAGCAGCAGCAGCAGGAGCCGGGCAUCCACGGCGGCCCGAACACCGGGCUGUACGCCGCCCUCAGUCACCUCAGCCAGAUGAAGAGGGCGGGGCCAGAGCUGCCUCCGCCGUGGUUACCAGUCAUCAGCGCUCUGAAGGAGGCCGAGGUGGACAAACAAGGCAGCGAGGCGGUGAAGAGGGUGCUGCAGGGAGAGGAGUGAAGGAGUGACGCGGAUCGUUUGAGUGUGCAUGUGUUGCGUGUGUGCAUUUUCAGUUUCACAUACAGUCUAAUGAAUCAGCUGUUUAUACUCCAGAACCUUUGAAAUCGAAAUGAUCGACCAACAUCCAGUUUAACUUAUUUAAUACAAGACAAUACUGAGCCAUGUGUGUGUGUGUGUGUGUGUGUGUGUGUGUAUGUGUGUGUGUGUGUGCAUGAGUGUGGUAACUUGUUGUGGUUGGAGGCAGGAAUGUUAUUAAAGUGUUGGAGAAUGUGCCAGACUUUUACAGUGUUAUUGAGACUAAACUCUGCCGUCUCUCUCCGGUGUGUGGUACUCCAUGUUUUAUACUGCACUGUUAACGCUAACCCGACAUACGAGCGCCUAUGUGAUCCGCGCAUAUCUGCAUUCAUGCGAUCUGUGUGUUUGUGCGUGCACUCACUCGUCUGUGAGAGUUGGAGGUGAGAGAGGAGAAGCGAGGCGCGAGCUGCUAGUGAGAAGUGAAGAUAACAAGUUUUUAAUAAGAUGUCUGCGAGUUUCUCUCAUAAAUGCAUCGUGUUAUCUCUCCAUCUAUUCAUUAGUUCAGAGGGGGGAUGUAUUAAAUGAAUGUGCUUACACUUUAACCAGAAAAGAACUACAUUUGACCCAUUUUCUUUCCUUUCUAAGGAGGGUUGAUUCUGCAUUUUAUAAUCUAGUCUGUAAACUGUAGAGGGUUUUAAAAGUUGAGUGUUGCUCUUACGCUCAGCAUAAUUCAAGAUUCACAAACUCAAGCAUGUUCGCUGUUUUUAAACCAACUCAGAAAGAGUCGAGUUAUCAAAAGUCCUCUCUGUAAAUGUGGAUUUCUGUGACAUAUUUGGGUAUUGUGUGCAGCAUUUAUCAGCAUAUUUAAAUUAUUAGGCGGCCAAAAAGUCCUAAAAUAAAACCUUCAGAGGCCGCUGUGUGACCGUUCACCUGAAGACUGCUGUUCUCUAAAACUAGAGUGACCCACCUGCUGUAUUUAUGGAUCAAACUUGAGACUUUUAAUGUACUACAACAGAGAAUUGCUGUGUGUUCACAUUAAUGUAAUGUUAUGUUUAAUCAUGUCGAUGUAACACACCUGUAAAUGAACAUAACCACAGGUUCGACUCUUCACGCUGCUGAUAUGAAUGUUUGGAGUAGCUGCUUUGAUCAUGCUGUAGAUGUUAGUGCUCAUCAUGAUCUGCCUAAAGCUUCUGUUGUCAUCAUGUCUGUUCUAUUUAUUUAAUAACAGUAUUUAUGUGUCUUUAUUUGGUGUCUGUGCUCACGUUAUGAAGACAGUUUUUAAGGAAACAAAACAUCAUUUUCAAAACGUCUCUUUUCUUCUAAAUGUUGCAUUUCUCACUUUGGAACCAAACUCUUCAUGCGAGCGGGACGAAGUGAGAUCACAGCACAGCCUGUCCAGCUGGAGUGCCAAACGUUUACAUCAGACCCAUCUGCUCUGAUGUCACCGGCUGAACAGAAAUAAACGACGGAGAUGUUGAGUUCUGUCAUUUACAACCAGGCCUGUUGAUUUACAUCUCAGUCCUCUAAUGACCUGAAUUAAAGAUUCUCUCAAACUGAGA